CAUCACCCUCUAGCGGCCAUGUGACGAGUAAACACGAAUGAUGAAGCGCUGGACACCUUGACAUCUGCUGUUAAUCGCCUGUUUUUCACACUCGAAUUUUGCUAUCCAGCCAAGGUUUAGUUCGUUUAUUUUUUACAUUAAAGGUGUCCACGUGAGUCGCAGCCCUGCAUUCCAAAAAGGAAGACGAGUACUUCACCAUGAGCUCCGAGGGGGAUGGUGACAUGGAGAAUCAGGCAGAGCUGGAGGAGAAGACGAGGCUCAUAAACCAGGUGUUGGAGCUGCAACACACUCUUGAAGAUCUGUCAGCGAGGGUGGAUGCAGUAAAGGAGGAGAAUCUGAAGCUGAAGUCGGAGAACCAGGUUCUGGGUCAGUACAUCGAGAACCUGAUGUCGGCUUCCAGCGUGUUUCAGACCACGGACACCAAGAGCAAACGAAAAGUCACUAAAGGUGCCCGGAAGGACAAAUGAGCAACAGCUUUUGCAUUUUGAUGUUCUUCAUUCGACUUUGUGAGGACAUUAUGUAUUAAUAGUCAAAUAGAAGCAUGUCAACUGCUUACUCAUGGUAAAAUUCUAACAUCCCCAUUUGGUUAGCAAAUGGAUACCUGACUUCUGUUAAUUGUUUCCAGAUAAAUGUAACUGGUUGGGAGGGAUAUUGAAAGCCUAGUUAUUCAGUUGACAUGCACAUUCCCUGAGCUGUUGGUCUGUGUUCCCAUACCUUACUAGUUUUAGUCAUCACCUCAUCUAGAAACAAAUCCAGUGUACAUUCUGUUCCAAUUCAACAACAAUUGUAAAGAGUGCAGUUUCUGAAUUGAUGCAAACUGCUCAUUUAUUGAGAAGUGGAGCACAAGGCUGGGAUACAUUCCAUAAAGUGGUUUCUUCCACUCUCUCCCUUUUCUUAGGGGAAAGGGAGUAACUUUACAAAUGGGAUGCAGCCCUUGUGCUCAACAGCAGGUGUGUCUGGUUGACACACCUACUGUGUCAACCAGACACAGUAAGGCCCUGAACUUCUCAGAACAGUUCAAGCUUCUGUGGCAGAUGUCUUGUACUCUUGGCUGGCUAGUAUGGCUUGGCUCAGCUCAGUAAUAGUCAAGCACUAACUACACCUUGUUUUGUUACUAUUUCAGUAUAAAGACAGAGAAUAUUAAAGUGUUGUGGAACAAUUAAUGAGAA